UCUUGCUACGCCUCUAAUUAAGAAAAAGAGUCUGAACGACCUUCCUAAACCAAAAAAUGCACGUCAUAAUUAUUUAUGAGCUAAAUUCACAUGACAAGAUCUAAUUACAUAAUACUCAAAUUAAUAAAAACCAAAAUUAAUUUAUUCUCUAACGGGUUUUAAAAUAGUGAAAGAUGAUUGAAUGCUAAAACCAGUUAAAUUGGUCAGUGACCUUCAAAGAUUUUAUUCGAAUGCAUUUUGCGAACUGAAAAUGAAAUCAAAACUUGAAUGUUUAUGUCAGUAAGUCAUUCACAUUCAGCGUGUAGAGAUGAAUAUUAAGUUUAUAGUGAUUAUUUUAAUAUCCAAUGUUCAUUCACAAAUAAAUGAUACGUUGGAUGUUAUCAAAAAAUUUGGUUUUAGUGCUGAAAGUUAUCGAUUUAAAACAGCUGAUGGAUAUUUAUUGACGAUGCAAAGGAUUUUUCCAAACAAUAAUGGACAUACAAAAAAGGCUCCUUGCUUGAUAAUGCAUGGAAUUUUCUCAUUAUCACUUCAAUUUCUGCAGCUACAAAAUGACUCACUUGCUUUUCUUUUAGCUAAUAGUGGAUAUGAUGUGUUUCUUGCUAAUGCUCGAGGUACAAAAUAUUCAUCACAUGCUACAUACUCAAAAAAUUCGAGCCAAUUUUGGAAUUUUUCACAUGAUGAAAUUGGCUAUUACGAUCUUCCAGCUAUGAUAGAUACAGUUUUAGCAAUUACAAGAUCUGAUAAGUUAUUCUAUAUUGCAUCAUCACAAGGAGCUGCAAUAUCAAUGGUUUUAUUGUCAACACAACCAGAAUAUAAUCAAAAAAUCAUCGAGGCACACUAUCUUGGUCCGGCUAUAUUUCUAGGAGGUGGUUCAAAUUUAUUUUUAAGAAGUGAUCUUGGAUUACUUACGAGAAAUAACAUGAUUGAUUUAACUGAUAUUAACAGCAUUAUCAAACCAAUUUACAUGAAACAUUGUAAUAAAAAUAAACAUUUUGGAUUUAUUUUGUGCAUCUUACAAGAAAUAGCAAAUUUUGGAUUAAAUAUCAAUGCUGUCGAAGUUGAUUUUGAACUACAAAAAUAUUAUGUUGACAAUCAUGCUCCACAAAUAAGCAAAAAACAGUUUGAUCAUUUUAAACAAUUAACAAAAUCGAGAAAAUUUCAAUACUUUGAUUAUGGAGGUGAAAAUAUAAAAAUCUAUGGAACAAGACAUUCUCCAGAAUAUGAUUUAAGUCGAGUGACAGCUCCUAUUUACAUAUAUUGGGGAACAUUAGAUACUACUAUAGGAAAGGAAGACAUCCAAAACAUAAUUAACUCACCAUUAAAUGUCAAAAGUGUUCGAGUGAUCAAAAAUUUCAAUCAUUUUGAUUAUGAAGCAAGUAGACGUGCUAAAGAUGCAAUUUAUAUGCCAAUCGUGAAAGAACUUAAUAGCUUUAAUCAUUUAUACUGAAAUAUCUUAUAAAGCUAAUUGAUGUUUUAUCAGGAAAUUUAUAAACGAAACAGAAAUAUUAGUUAUCUAACCAAAGAUGAAUCAGACUUAAG